AUGUCUAAACCCAUAUACACAUUUCUUCCACCAGGAAAACCUACAUCAAUUAAACGAAAAAAGCCAUUGGGGCCUGAAUUGCCUAAUAAACGAAUAAAUGUUGAGGAGAAUUAUAGAAAUCAAGUUUCAAAAGAAAAAGAAAACCCAAAUACACAUCAAUUAAAUACAUCAAUUGUUAGUAUUUUUUCAGCACUUGACAAUGCACUUGUAUAUUAUCGUGCAAUAAAUAAUGGAGAAGGUUCUGCAUCUUUUCAUCAUCUUCAACAAUCUGUUGAAAUGCAGGCUAAGAAAUCUUUUACACUGGAAUCUCUUGAAACAAUAAUAAAUAUAUGGCCAGACUCGUUCAAGAUAUCUCCAGUGAUUAUCUUGUUUAAUGGCACACGAAUAGGGAGUCUUUCUAUUGAUUUUCCUUCUAAAAAAUUUAAUUUAACAACUCGACUGAAACAAUUUCGUUCUUAUCUUGAAUCACCACCUUUUAAUAAUAUAAAUCUUAAAGAACUUAUUCCAAAAAAUCCUUCUAAGGAUAAUAUUUAUUUUUCAGAAAAAAAAAAACAAGCUAUUCAAGGACUUCAAAAAAAAACUAUAUCUACAAUUUCUUCUAGUCCUAUAGAUCAUAAGGGUUUGAAAUAUCGCCAGGCUUCUUUAUUGGAAAGGAUUCGGUUCAAGCAUACUCAAAAUAUGCAAAUAUCAUCUAAUUUUACACAUCUUGCCGCUCUCCAAAAAUUAUCAAAUAUUAUCGAUUGUCUAUUUAUUCUGUUAGCAACUUAUCCCUCUAAAUCUGCUUUUUCUAUAUCAGAAGUAGUUACUGCAUUAACAUCGUCUCUUAAACAACCAUUGUCUAAUAGCGAAAUACAGCAUUCUCUUACUGUUUUAGCAAAUACUUUUCCUGAAUUCUGUCAGAUUAUUAAAAUUAGUAAUACACUUUCUGCUAUAAAAUUUCAUCGUAACUAUAAAUUUGCAGAGUUGAAAAAAAACCUCGAAUUAAAACAAACAGAGUUUCAAACAUAA